AUGCCGGUCGGGAAAGCAACGCGGUCAACCCGGUCGACGCGAACAACAAAAGCAUCGUCCAAGGCUUCGUCCUCAGAUGCCGUGCUGGACGAGAACGUCGACGCUAACAGCGAGGCUGCCAGCCCUCGCGGCAAGUCUUCCGGCCCCCUACCAUCAGCACCGCUGCCAAAGAAGGUGCUAGGAGAGCGCGGUGCAUCCAGCAACCACGUCUCUGGUCCGGCCAAGUCGCAGCCAACGGAGAGUAAAGCAGCAUCCAAAAAGUCGAGCAAGUCAAAAAAGGGAAAGAAGGCGACGGAUGUGGAAGUGGUGGACGACUCGCGCGCGACAACGCCGGUACCUCCGUCACCAUUGAAGAAAAGGCUGCCAGAUGAACAGGUACAAGCAUGCCUGCAGAAUUACGACUUGGAGGCGCAGGCUCGUUUGUCGCGCUUGAGAGCGUCAUUGGAAAUGUCAAUCCAGUCGGCGGUCACGCGCAUGCGUCUAUCUAUCGAGCGUAUGCCCAGAGCAGUGCGCGAGCUUCAGCUUGGCGAGUUCAUCGACAAUUUUGGUGCCGACAUCCACACCUUCAUGAACCGAGCUCCUGUUCAACAUCUCAAAGAGACGCAGGAGGAAUGGGAUCAGAUCCGGGAAGAGCGAUCACCCGCAAAAGCGAAACGAUCCAAAAAGGAUGACGAUGCCAUCUCGAAAGUCGAUCGCAACUCCAAAAACGCCCGCACCGGAAACGCGACAGCCUCGACAUCCAGAACGGUGGCCAGCAAGAAGAAGGCCGGCACGCGCUCAACAAAGCCCUCUUCUCGUUCGACUUCCGCCGCUCCGACCUCACCGCCUCCUUCAUCAGCAGCAUCUUCAGUGUCGUCCAAACCAGCUCCAAGUCUAUCUACCUUCCAACCAAAUCUACCCAAGGAAGCACUCCAGACUCCCAAACCACGCAUGGCAAAACCAGGCGAGAUCCUCCAAUACCUAAGCAUCAACGGCUCACCCAUCUCCUGUGUCGUGGGUGCCGACGGUAUCGUCAGACCCGUCACCAUAGCCUGA